CCUCCCCCGGGCCGGCGGGACCGGCUGCCGCUGCUCACCUCAGCUCACCUCCCGCAUGUCAGCGGGGCUGGGGGCGCUGUGGAGCGCUGCCACGGGCCGCCCGCCAUGGCCGAGGCAGGAGCGGCGAGCGCCGAGGGGGCCGAGGAGGAGCGGCGGGGCCCUGAAGAUAAUUUCUCAAUAGAUGGAAACUCAUGCAUUGCUUCUGGAGUCCCCAGCCUCAUGAAUCCAGUAACUAAGCCUGCUACCACUACUUCUUUCAAUGCUUCUGUGGCUGAGAUUCCAAGGAAGCGUAAAGGAAGUGAUUCUGAUAACCAAGAUACAGUUGAAGUUGAUGGUGAUCUUCAGAAAAGGAGUGAAGAUGAAGAACAUGUUAAAAUAAAAGAUUUCAGAGAGGCUCACAGUCAAACAGAGAAACGAAGAAGAGACAAAAUGAAUAAUUUGAUAGAGGAAUUAUCUGCUAUGAUACCUCAGUGCAAUCCAGUGGCACGAAAGCUAGACAAGCUUACAGUGUUAAGGAUGGCUGUGCAGCACUUAAAAUCUUUAAAAGGUUCCACUAGCUCCUAUACAGAAGUCCGGUAUAAACCUUCAUUUCUAAAGGAUGAUGAGCUCCGACAGUUAAUCCUUAGGGCAGCAGAUGGAUUCCUAUUUGUGGUUGGGUGCAACAGAGGAAAAAUUUUGUUUGUCUCGGAAUCGGUUUGCAAAAUACUGAAUUAUGAUCAGGCCAGUUUAAUUGGACAGAGUUUGUUUGAUUACUUGCAUCCAAAAGAUGUUGCAAAAGUCAAGGAGCAACUUUCUUCUUCGGAUGUCUCUCCGAGGGAGAAGCUCGUAGAUGGGAAAACUGGCUUGCAAGUACACACAGAUUUUCAAGCCGGACCAGUUCGACUGAAUUCUGGUGCUCGACGUUCCUUCUUCUGUCGGAUAAAAUGUAGCAGGACCACAGUCAAAGAAGAAAAGGAAUGCGUGCCCAACCCAAAUAAGAAAGAUCACAGAAAAUACUGUACCAUUCAUUGCACUGGGUAUAUGAAGAACUGGCCUCCUAAUGAGGUGGGAGUAGAAGAGGAAACUGAUGUGGAAAAGGACAGUAGUAACUUUAACUGUCUUGUUGCAAUUGGGAGGCUACACCCUUAUAUUGUUCCACAGAAGAGUGGAGAGAUAAAAGUCAAAGCAACAGAAUUCGUUACACGGUUUGCCAUGGAUGGAAAAUUUGUUUAUGUAGAUCAGCGUGCAACAGCAAUUUUAGGGUAUCUGCCACAAGAGCUUCUAGGAACUUCAUGUUAUGAGUACUGCCAUCAAGAUGAUCACAAUCAUCUAGCUGAAAAACAUAAAGAAGUGUUGCAGAAUAAAGAAAAAGUAUUUACAAAUUCCUACAAAUUUAGAGCAAAAGAUGGGACUUUUGUUACUUUAAAGAGUCAGUGGUUUAGUUUCAUGAAUCCGUGGACCAAAGAACUGGAAUACAUUGUAUCAAACAACACUGUGGUAUUAGGUCAUAACGAGUCAGCUGAAGAUGAGGUCCUCUACAGUUCCCAGCCUGCAGAAGAUGCUGUAAAACAGUCUUUAGUAAAUGUACCUGGAAUGUCCUCUGGAACAGUUCUUGGUGCCGGAAGUAUAGGAACUGAAAUUGCAAAUGAAAUAUUAGAAUUGCAAAGGUUACAUUCUUCACCAUCUGAGGAAUUAAGUCCAUCACAUCUCUUGAGAAAGUCACCUUCUCCAGCUUUAACUGUAAACUGCAGCAAUGUGCCAAAUAAGGAGUUGAUUCAGUUAUGUCCUUCGGAAUCAGAAGUUACAGAGACUUCAGAACAAAACCAGGGUGCUAGUCCAUAUCCCAGUAAUGAACCUCUCCUCUGUGGUAAUUCUCAGCUGGACUUUGAUGCAAUGUGUGAAAAUGAUGACACUACUAUGACAGCUCUUAUGAACUACUUGGAGGCUGAUGGGGGACUUGGGGAUCCAGUGGAACUCAGUGAUAUACAAUGGGCUCUCUAGUUUUGCUUUUUCAAAAUAAGAAGGAAUGUAAGAUCCGUAAUGCACAACAACCAUACAUCCUCAGUACUGUAUUAUAAUUUUGUAAUGUCUCAUUUGAAUUCAUACUUACUGUCUAUAGAUUUCUAAAGACUGAAGCCUUGUUCAGAGAGAGACAGUUUCUUCUGAUGCACCUAUGGAAAAAUGCAAUAUUUUUUUCAUGAUGGGGAAACCUUGAAAUUUUAAUAUUGAACCAUCUGUAACUGGAAUGCUUAAAACACUAUAUUUUUGCUAAGAAGCUUUAACCAAAAGGUACUGUACAGUGUACAGGAAUACUUUUUCUUAGUUUUAAUACUUAAACCUUUUAUUUAUUGUUUUUCUUUCAAAUGGUAGACUAUUGAUUAUCCAUGUUGCUUUCUGUAGAAUGUACUGUACUUACACAGUUUAUUUGUAACUAUUAAAUUUCACUGAAAUGAUGAAUUGCACACACUACACUUGUAAAAUAAGGUAUUGUAAUUCUUGAAUGAAGCAGUUUGUGAUUCCUUGUCCUUUUCAGAAGUGCAAUUUUUGUAGUCAAAAGUAAAAAUAAAGCAUACAGCUCUGGGAGCAAG